CACUUAUUUACGUUGUCUCUUAAGAAUCGUAGUGACAUACACAGUGUGAUAAGGCAUGUUCUGGAAGAAAAUACCAAACAGGACCUACAGUACUCAGGAGGAAAAGGCACUCCCAGGACACAGUGUCUCAUCAGUCACUGCUGCAUCUUCAAUAAAGCAGACUUCAUACAUGUGUGGGGAAUGUUUUCUGCUUUUCCCAACUACUGAGGCCUUCAGUGCCCAUGAAUGCCAUGUAAUAGAGGUGGAAAAUACAGAAAACAUCAACAAGGAACAGGAGGAGGAACAGCCACAUGCCUCAUCUUUAGACAUAUCACAACAAAAUGAACAUGCCAAGACAGAUGUGUGGAAAGCAGAAGAGUCAGAAGCAGCUAUGGAGGAGGCAGUGGCCAGCAUUCUUGGUGAGAGAAUGAAACGUACAGUAUCUCAGAAAAAUACCUCCUCAAAUGUGCAAUUUGAUCAGACCCUCAUUGUGCCAGUAGAGCAUUCCAUUGAGCACACGGGUAUCGCAGAUCAUGACAUGGAACCUGUGGUUGAGCAUACUGUAGAAAAUACAGAUGAGACAGAUGGAAGCAUGAUGGAAGGUGUAGAGAUUCCUUCUGCUAAUGUUUACAUGUAUGACAAUCCUGUGUACCUUAACCGCCUUAUGAAAGACAACACUUUUGGCAGAAGAGUGCGUCAUGAUGCUCCCUACAGUCAUCGAUUAGGUCCGUGGGAUAACAAGUCUAGUCGACUCCUAAUAAAUCUCCUCAAGGAAUACCCAAAGGCUUACUUCAUUUUAGAUAAAGAAUGCAAGAGGACAGAGGCAUGGGAGAUGAUUCGAGCUAAGCUUACUGAAGCUGGCUACCAAUUCACUGUGUUGCAGAUUCGCAUGCGGUGGCGAGAGCUGUGCAAGAAAUAUCGCAAUACAAUUAAUCACAAUGAUCUGUACAACACUCGAAAAACUUGCCAAUAUUUUGAUGACCUUAAUAAUCUGUUUGGAAUUUGGGAUUGUCCUGCCACACUGCUUUUAAUUAGGCAGCUUGAAGCAAAUGGAAACAAACGUCUUGGUCAGAAUGGGGGAACUCGCAUGAGAUACAGGGUGUGGGAUCAGAUUCGACAGUCUCUUCUGGCUCAUGGAUACCAAUUCACAUCAGAUCAAGUUCAGGGGCGAUGGAGCGCCCUUGUUACUUUGUAUCAAGGUAUGGUGGAACACAACUCUAAAUCUCACAAUGAACCCAUCUCCAUUGCCUUUAAGGAUCAUAUUGCACGAGUAUUUAAAUAUGUCCCAGAGCGCAACUCCAAAUGGCUGAAGAUAAUGGAGAAACGAGGCAAGAAGCCAAGGAUGCUAAGAAGUAGGUUGGCUUGGAUGCAAAUUAAUAUUUCUGUAACUAAAAAUGGACUAUGCCUAUUGAAAGACAGCUCUUGAAAUAUUACCAAGAGAGGGUGUAUCGCUUUAAUAACGAUCAUGUGAAUAACACUGCAUUGUGGCAAGAAAUUGUGCAU